ACUAUUAUUCUUCCAACGAACACCAUGGAAACCUCCCAACCUCUCACCAUAGAAAGCUUCUCCUACUCUUGGUUAAUCAAUCAAAAUCCUUCCCUCGACGAAAUCUUCAACAACACCGACGAACACUACAGUAAACAAGAAAGCACAGACUCCUUUGUUAAUUCACAAAGAUUCCACGAAGAAUCCCAAGAUUUUCAUUUUGAUCUUCCAUUUUCAAUCCCGAAUCUUGUACAUGCCGAUGAAAUCUUUUUCAAUGGACAUAUCAUUCCUAGAUCUGUCAGUCAGAUAAGGGUAUACUCGACUCCUGCGACACCUCUAGUUCACUUUCCACCCAAGAAUCCUUCAAAAACUACAAAAAGUUACAGUCAACUUAUAGCGAAUUUGCGUGUAUCUUCAAAAAGGAUACUUGGAAAGUGUUUUAGCUUGCUUUUACCACGAAAAAGUACAAGAAUUGUGGACAGUUCGACAAAUCCGGUUUGUUUGCCAUCUUUUGUGCUUACAAAUGAGCGAACGAACAAGAGAAUCGAAGGUGACAAUACCACAUUCCGAAGAACGAAGAGUUGGAGUCACAACUCAUCAUAUGGAUCUCGUUUUUCAUGUUCGAAAAACAAAUUGUGUGAUUACAAUGAAACAUCAGUUCACGAAGCCAUUGUUCAUUGCAAAAGAUCAUUUGAAAAGUGACGAUAUGAGCAGAUGAAGCCUUAUCUAAGAUCCAAGAAAGAAAAGCUCGUUUUUAGAAAGCUAUAUAUGUAAACUAAGAUUUCAAAUUUGAUUAUUAAUUAGAUGCACAAAGGCAUAUAGACAAUUAUGCAUAUGAAUUGUUGGGUUGCUUUUUGAUAUGUCACCAAAUAUAUAUACAUAAAGGUUCUAGUUCA